ACUCACUUUUUUAUUUCCUGGAAAAUCCUGAAACUUCAUUCUCUGGUUAGCAUCGACAGUUUGCUUACUUGAAGCAGACGCAUCUCCUCUCUCAUGGCGGCCUCGCAGCUCUUAUCGUUAACAGCGCCAAACUCAGAAGCGAUGGGCACCUUUAUCGGAGCCUCUAAAUCGUCUUUCAUCACCGGCACCAAGCUCUUCUCGUUGACAAAGCGCUGUUCUCGAAAGCCCACUGCUCAGAAAUGCUUCAAACCUGCCUUUGCUAAGUCAAUAGACCAUAUCCCCAAGCAAUUCAGAGAACAAAAUCUCAAAGAUGGAUUGAUGGACAAUUAUAAAAAUGUACCUGGAUAUCUUUAUGGUCUUAGUCCUUCACAAAUGGACAUGUUCAUGACCGAAGAUAAUCCCGUCCGUCGACAAUCUGAAACUGUUACUGAGGAAAGUAUUUCAUCUGCUAGAAACUAUUUGGAUUAUGGGGGUAUGUGGAGUAUGUCAAGCAUUAACGAUAGAGGUCCUUCUAAAUAUAGUAUGAGUGUAAGCAUGUAUCGUGGAGGGGCCAGAGGAUCCGGAAGGCCUAGAACUGCUCCACCAGAUUUGCCUUCGUUGCUCUUAGAUGCUCGGAUAUGUUAUCUUGGCAUGCCGAUUGUACCAGCAGUGGCUGAGCUUAUUGUUGCUCAACUAAUGUGGUUAGAUUAUGACAACCCUACGAAACCUAUAUACUUGUACAUCAAUUCAUCUGGGACACAGGAUGAGAAGAUGGAGACCGUUGGAUCAGAAACCGAGGCAUAUGCCAUAGUUGACACCAUGGCUUACUGCAAAUCAGAGUUCUACACUGUGAAUUGUGGCAUGGCAUUUGGUCAAGCAGCAAUGCUUCUAUCUCAAGGAGCUAAGGGUUAUCGUGCUGUACAGCCGAAUUCAUCCACUAAGUUAUAUCUACCUAAAGUCAGCAGAUCUAGUGGGGCUGUCAUAGAUAUGUGGAUAAAGGCCAAGGAACUUGAUGCAAACACUGAGUCCUACAUUGAGCUAGUAGCAAAAGGCACAGGGAAGACCAAGGAAGAAAUUGAGAAAGAUAUUCAGCGUCCUAAAUAUUUCCAAGCGCAAGAAGCCAUAGACUAUGGCCUUGCUGAUAAGAUAAUCGACUCAAGAGAUGCUGCAUUCGAGAAACGGAAUUAUGAUGAGAUGCUUGCUCAAUCAAAAGCAAUGAGGAGAUCUGCAGGUGGUCCACAAGCGGCUCCGUCCGGGUUCAGGUGAUUUAAGAGUUUGAUAGCAUGGCAUAACCGUACAACACAUAAAGUGAAAACCUUUGUAUGUCUACCCUUAGUUCCCUUCAUGCCGUACGAAUGAUCUGGCAAUACUUUUAUUUGUAAUGUUUUUAUGUUUUCAUGCAUCGUAAUCAUAAUAUUACGUUAUAUAAAUUUUGAUAGGUUAAUGAUUCGUGGUAUAUAAGAUUUUGAUAUAU